AGCCACACUCUGACAGUCGCCACGCGGCCCCACGCUCACACGCAUCGCCCACGCCCUUCGGCUGGUGCCUGAUCCUCAAAGACUUGGGGAGAGUUUGAUUCUCUACUUUGCCAGCUAGACGCCUCGCGCGUUUUCUCGUUGCUGGCUACACGGUCGUUAAUAUCCUUCUUGCUCUCGUUUGUGUUCUCGCAAGCAUGCGAAACUUCAAGUCGAAAGUGCUCUCAGCUUACGCCUGGGCUGCACCUGUGCUUGCCGCCGUCGUCCCGAGCCAAUAUCAACUGGCUCAACCUCGCGGACAGAUCUUCCAGAUAGAGCACCAAGAUACUUACGCGCAAGCUACCUUCAGUGUUCCCUGCACAGGCUGUCUUGGCUCAGACCACACGGGCCUGGAUGACGAGUCUCUUAUUUUAAACUUUCGAACCUAUGGGCAUGACCAAGAGUGUGGGGCUUCGAAUAUCACGCUAAAUGGAGUAUUCCUGCCACAGGAAUGGGAUGGUGACUUCGCAUCCGGCUCUGCUUCUCACAACUACACUGGUGUCGCGAAUCUCCCACAGGAUGAAAGGUCUCCUCAACACGACUUGGAUCUCGAGUGGAACUCAGCCUGUCUUCACGGCAUCGAAGAGACAGAUGAAACUGCGCAGGUGCUGACAGUCAAUAUCAAGGCCGUCGACGGCAAACCAAUUGAAGUACCGGCUGGGUUCACGAUCUCCUUCAACCAGCUGAAGCAACACAAAUCCAUAUCAUCGCCGUCACUUCUCAGACUUGCAACCGUUCCGAACCCCUUGGCCAGUGAUAGCCUAGUAGCCGAGUCCUGGCGUAGCCCUCCACUCUAUCUCCGGUUGUAUUCACCGGACGCACCUGCAGACGGUCAGACUGUGGAGUCGCUCAGCGAACGUUCCUUACAAGCUGACAUCCGCGAGCUUCAAGCUCUUCAGUCCGAGCUCCGGGAACUUCAGUAUCUAGUAACCCGGAAGAGCAUCUCUAUUCAAUCGCGGCUCAGAUCAAACCAUACAUGCUUCAAAGACGAAGUAAAAAAGUGCAAGAACGUAUCCUGCGUUGUCAAGGCCGUAGCCAACAAGGCUCACGGUGCCUGGAGGGAUAUUGUUGUCCACCUCCACUUUGACCAGCAGCGUCACGCUGCCGCCGACAUGAAUCGUCUUCACUUUGCUCCAGCACAUGCUCAGUCGAUGCAGAAAGACGGGGGCCACAUUCAGACUCUAUCGUCUGAAGCUCAGCCCCAACCAUAUGAAGCACCAACAAAUGAACUGCCCCCGCGUCCCCCACGCAAAGCCCCAUACGUUAUUGCGCUCGAGAUCACUCUCAGCGUCCUAUGCUGCGGUUGUCUGAUUGCUACCAUUCGUCACAAGUGCGCCAGCCUACGUACUAAAACCGAACGCGCAGCAGACUUUGAGGAGCGCAUCAACGCGCGCGCUUACGCCCGUGCCGCCCGCCAACACGCAUGGCGAAACUGGUGGCGCGGGAACUGGCGGCGCAAUCGAGACAGCGAGCGCAUUGCCGACUACGAGGAAAAGCGGGCGCUUAUUUCAGCACAAGAAGAUGUGCUGGAAGACGCCAUGCAAGAAGAAAUCCGCCAGCUGAGAGUGGCGCACAAUGUUGUAAAUGACUUGGUUCGAGAUGCUGAGGAAGGUCGAAUGAACCGUCCGCCACAAUGCAAUUGUCAACGCCCGCCUGAUUCGCCGUCGGCGACAUCCACUUACCCACCCACGUCCCUGCCAGAAGUACCUUCCCGUCCUUUGUCGAGGACCGACAGUCUGCCCAGCUACCGCUCUGACCCGCCCGCAUAUGAGUCCGAAGGCGAGGUAGUAGCUAAUGGCUUCAACUUUCUACCCAACGCCCGACAAGGUGUUGUAAGAGGUUACGCCAGGUCGACCAACUCUGAGAUGUCGAGAUGGACACCGGACAGUAGUGUGGUGGAUGUCAGUCCGCGACCGAGUGCUGAGACGUUGAGGUCGUUGUAUCCGCUGAGUGAACUUACUUCUGACGAUGAGGAGUGAACGAGGAGUUGUAGAGGUUGGGAUGUAAUCAUGGUUUACGGUUGUGUGUUUUGUAAUUUGGAGUUUGGGAAACAGCGAUGAGCGUUUGGUAGCUUUUGUUCGUCGUACUAAUCAGUCUGGCGUAAAGGCGUUUCUAGGUACACCGUCGCAGGAUAUAAAGCGGCAUUUCUUGUACUAUACCCGUAAUCG